AUGGUCAGCCUGGUAAAUUCCCACGGCUCGCAAGAGCAGUUGUCUGAGUGCUGCGUGAUUGAGGGUAGAAAUGGUUGUCGACUCGCGGAAGCGACUUUGAUCAGUGGUGGUCUCUACGUCCGAAAACCUGCGCCGGAUGUGCGGCGCCAAGACUUUGUCUGCCAAGACAAUUUUUCCACACACAGGCCCGCCGUGAGGUGGAUUGGCGAGGUAAAGGUCGCAUCUCGGAUUGUUCGCACUUUCAACACCAAACCUUCCACCGACAUUUUCCUACAUUGUGUGCGAUUCCCCGAAGAGCGCCAGGAACUCGCAACAAUGCUUAUCCCUAAGGCAGACCGCAAAAAGAUCCACGAGUACCUCUUCCGCGAGGGUGUGCUCGUGGCCAAGAAGGACUACAACCUUCCUCAGCACCAAGACAUUGAGACCAAGAACCUCUAUGUCAUCAAGGCUGCCCAGUCUCUCACCUCGCGCGGCUACCUCAAGACCCAGUUCUCAUGGCAAUACUACUACUACACCCUGACCCCCGAGGGCCUUGACUACCUUCGCGAAUGGUUGCACCUGCCUGCCGAGAUCGUCCCCGCAACUCACAUCAAGCAACAACGAUCGCACGCUCCUCCUCGGGGCAUGAUGGGCGGUGAUGACCGUGAGCGCCGCGGCGGCGGCCGUGGUGGACCAAGAGGUGACCGUGAGGGAGGAUAUCGUCGCCGGGAUGCCGGUGAGGGUAAGGAAGGCGGAGCGCCGGGCGAGUUUGCUCCCACUUUCCGGGGCGGAUUCGGCCGUGGCCGUGGUGCUCCUCCUGCCAGCUAA